AUAAUGUGUUGCCUCCCUUAGCAAUUCAAGGUCGCAGCCGCUGUCAAUUGAACCUAGGUUGUAACCACUUGGUGUAAUCAAGGAUGUAGCUGCAAUCGUGGGCGGUCGCCAACUCGCCAUCCUCAGAAAUGUCGUCAUGGUCCGCUGCAAGGCCGCCACCGCUGGCUCCCGUUGCAAGGACGUCGUCAUCGUCAUCUGUUGUGGGGCUGUCGUCAUCGUUGCUGCAAUCCGUAGUCCUCAAUCAGGCCGCCAUCGUCCUCAGCUAGUGCGCUAUCUUCCUCGUUCAGAUCGGCGUCGUCCUCUGCCAGGCCACCAUCUUCCUCAGCCAUUCCUACGCCACCUUUAUGACAAACCUAAGUGGAGAAGAUGAAAUAAAUUCCAGAGGCAAGUAAUUCAGAAGCGUGAGCUAGUGUCGUUUUUGUGUUUUAUGGCGUUUCAUAGGGUUGAACCUUUCUCCUUCAAGAGCUACUGGAAUAGUUUGAUACAGUGCCCCCUUUCUCUUGGAAAUCAGAUGGGAAAUUUGCGGCUUCAGUGAGUACACUUGUGCGCCCAUUGACAAAUAUGUGCAGAUGUGUCCCUGCACUGGCAGAGCUUCGGGAUUUACUUUCAACAUCUGAAAUUGGUGGCUCUAAUGGAAUCAAUGUCAUUGAGAAGAACAAAAGACAAAACACUGGUUGGAUUGCCAACAAAAACUAUAUUGACAUAUUAGCUGGAACUCUCUGAAGCAGAAAGGGAAAUUUAUGAGCAGAUGAAAUUUAUAGAUGUGUCCUUGGUUCGUGCGAAACUUUGAGAUUCCCUUCCAACAGCUAAAAUUGGAGCAGAAAUAGAUGUACAGAACUGCUCUCCAAGAUGCUAAUGGCACUACAAGAUCGCAAUGACAUGGAGUCCUCAAUUUGCAUACCACCCCCAAAAGACGUAGUCAUUAGAUGAUGUGCUCACAUCUUUUGCAAAAUGUGCAUCCUCAUGACACUCCAACCAAGCAAUCCGAGUCGGACCUCUUCUUCGUACCAUCAGAGGCUUUCAGAUACAGAGAACAGCAACAAAAGUUUCAAGGAAAUGGCCAAUGAUCAAGACCCAGCACAGCCCUUCAUGGAUGACCCUUUCAUUGGUGCUCAUCAGUUUGCGGAGAGCUUAUCAUCUGCUUCUUCAUCCUCACCGAGUCACCGCAGCUGGCUGGCGACAUGUACCUGGUGGGCUUCGUGACCGCCAACAUUUUGUGCCUCAGACACUACGCCGGCGGUGUCAUCACCUGCGAAUUGGUGAACCUUGUCCGUCAACCAUUCAACCCUGUGACUUCCAUGCUAUCCAAGUGCUCAACCUUUGCAGCGAAGAGCUCGGCCACAUCGAGUCCUUCACUGCCCGAGUCUUAUCUCCUCUCAUGGAUGAUUGGAUUAUCAUGAUCGCAGGUGUUAUGCCAAAGAUGUAUUGGGAAGGAUACAUAUAUGAGAUCCCAUGCCAAGUUCACAUCUUUGCCAGGAUAUCUGCAUUACAAUGGGAUUUAUGUAUAUUUUUGUGCACAUCUUUUGCACAUCUUGUGCACAUCUUUUGCACAUCUUGUGCACAUUGCAAACUUUAUGUACAUAUCUUGCACACUUAUAUUAUGGAAUUAUGGAACAAAAACAUGAUGGGAAAAAAAUUUACUCCGUAUAACAAUCUUCUUUUGGAAUUUUCAAACGUUUUUACUUUUUUUACGAAAUCCCCCCCUGAUAUUAUAGUUUAGUUGGCUCCUGAAUUUUUAAAAUAUCUGCCAAAGUCAACAUGACCACUUCCAAAAAUGACAUAAAAUCUGCCGUUACUAAUCGGUCUCUCCCUCUCUUAUUAUAAACUCUGCACCCCCUCUAUAACCCUCCACCGCCAACACCUUUAUCGUCUACUAAAACAGAAACCACACUCCACUUUCAUUUUCUCCAUUCCAAAAGCUUCAUCGUCCACAAAAGCUUCAAGGAAUUGAAAUGGCGAAUGAUCAAGACCCAGCACAGCCCUUCAUGAUGCUGGACGACCCUUUCACUGGUGCUGAUCAGUUUGCAGAGAGCUCAUCUUCUGCUUCUUCAUCCUCACCGCAGCUGGCUGACGACAUGUACUUGGUGGGCUUGGUGACGGCCAACAUUUUGUGCCUCAGACGCUAUGCCGGCGGUUUCAUCAGCGGCGAAUUGGUGAAGCUUGUCCGUCAACCAUUCAACCCCAGUGACUUCCUUGCUAUCCAGGUGUUCAACCUUCUCAACGAAGAGGUCGGUCACAUCGAGUCCUCCGCUGCCCGAGUCUUAUCUCCUCUCAUGGACUAUGGGAUAAUCAUGAUCCAAGGUGUUAUGCCAAAGAUGUAUUGGGAAGGAUAUAUCUAUGAGGUCCCAUGCCAAAUUCACAUCUUUGCCACGAUAUAUGCAUUCACAACUGUCAAAUCCAUAAUUCAAACUGCUAGGUUGCACUUCAUUUCUGCAAAUGACCCUUCUUUGGCUUUACCAGAGUUACCCAUUGUGAAAGAACAUGUGGAUGCUGCUGUGAGGAGAAAUGUAGAUGAGAUUUUUAAGGUUCUCGGUGAGAAGAAAGCUUUGGGGACAUUAGACCCUCCAAAUGCCAUCAUAAAGUCUGAACUUCUUCCACAUCAGAAGGAAGGAUUAUGGUAUCUAGUCCAGCAGGAGAAAGCCAAAUACUUGCCUCCUUGCUGGGAGGAAAUAGACGGGCAUUUUGUCAACGCAUUGGCGAAUUACAGUACAGAGAGCUGUCCUGAUCCUAUCCGUGGUGGGAUCUUCGCAGACGAAAUGGGUUUGGGUAAAACCCUGACUAUUCUUUCAUUGGUUGGUUUUGAUAAAUUUGUAGAUUUGGAGGAAAUGGAAGAUAUAUACCCAUUUCUUCUAUUGGUGAAAGCUCUGAGAGUGGGUGAGCUAGCUACGAGACCAUGAAAGAAAUGUGUUCUAACAUGGUCUGUUCUUCACAUACGAGAAUGACUUUGGUUGUGUGUCUGCCAGCUGUGUUGUCAGUGUGGAUGACACAGUUAGAAGAGCACACUACAGUUGGUUCUUUGAAGGUGUACAUGUAUUAUGGCAGUAAGAGGACUAAAGAUGCCAACGCCUUAACAAUAUGAUUUAGUUUUGAGCACUUAUACCAUUUUGGCUAAUGAAUAUGCGAUGUCGGACUCACCACUGCAAAUGAUAGAGUGGUGGAGAGUUGUUCUUGACUAGGCAUACAUGAUUAAGAAUGGAGAUGCUCAACAAGCUGUGCCGUUAACAACUUGAAAGCCAAACGGAGGUUGGUUGUGACCGGGACUCCAGUUUAGAAUAGCCCAUUUGAUUUGUAUUCUUUUAUGGCGUUUCUUAGGGUUGGGCCUUUCUCUGUCAAGAACUACUGGAACACUUUGAUACAAUGCCCCUUUUUUCAUGGAGAUCAGAUGGGAAUUUUGCGGCUUCUGGCCGGUAAAAGUAGUUCUCUCACUUCUUUUUCUUUUUUGGAGUUUGUCUCUCCACCAUGAUUUUUUUUUCAUGUGGAGCUUUAGUUUUAUGUCACGUGAAAUUAAGAUAAUAAUAAGUAAUAAGAGGGAGUAGUUCAGCUAUAUGAGUUUGAAAAUUGUUGCUUACAAUGGGAUUUGUGUAUAUUUUGUGCACCUCUUUUGCACAUCUUGUGCACACUGCACACUUUAUGCACAUAUCUUGCACACUUGUAUUAUGGAAUUAUGGAACAAAAACAUUAUGAAAUAAAAAAUAUGACAAUAUUAUUUUG